UCUUUAAAUUCAGUCCUACUGUAAGGUCCCGAUCAACUUUGUUCUCUUUUCUCUGUUCUGAUCCGCUUCCGCGAGUACCGAGUGGCAGUAUGUGGCGACAUUAGAGAAAUGUACCACCAGGUACAAAUGCGGGACGAAGAUCAGCAAUGUCAACGCUUCCUGUGGAAAGACAGUAGUGAGACCGUACCUAGCGUAUUCGUAGUCCAGGUAAUGACCUUCGGUGCUUGCUGUUCUCCAAGCAUUGCGCAACAUGUGAAGAACAGCAAUGCAAAGCAGUUUGAGCAGGACCAUCCAGAGGCAGUAGAGGCGAUUAUCAAGCGGCACUACGUGGAUGAUAUGCUCGUCAGUACCGAAACUGAGGAAGAGGCUGUAAAACUAGCACAAGACGUAAAAGGGAUUCACCAGAAUGCAGGGUUCGAAAUACGCAAUUGGGUUUCAAAUUCCAGUACAGUUCGAGCAGCGCUAGAAGGAGAAGCCACCGGAGAAAAGAACAUGGACAUCAGUGAAACGGACGCAGCAGAAAAGGUACUAGGCAUGUGGUGGAAUACCUCAACAGACCGCUUCACUUACAAAAUGUCGGCCAGAUACGACGAAAACCUGCUUUCUGGUAAUCGCCGUCCAACCAAGCGACAGGUUCUACGAACCCUCAUGAUGGUUUUCGAUCCCAUGGGGUUUAUUGCGCAAAUCUUGAUGUUUUUGAAAGUUCUCCUCCAAGAAAUUUGGCGAACGCGAGUGGGAUGGGAUGAUCCAAUCGAGGAUGCACAGUUCGAGAAAUGGCUAACAUGGUUGGCUAUUUUCCCAAAGAUUGAGACCGUCGAAGUUCCACGUUGCUACCGUGUAUUGACAUCUGUGAAAUCCACAGUCCAAAUGCAUACGUUCGUUGAUGCAAGCGAAAGCGGAUUUGCGGCGGUUGUUUACCUCCGUUUCCAAGAAGGCGAUGUGAUAGAAUGCUCGUUAGUUAGAGCCAAAACCAGGGUGGCACCCCUGAAAUUCCUAUCAAUUCCACGUUCCGAGUUACAAGCAGCUCUACUUGGCGUUCGGCUGUCUGAUACGAUACUGAAGUCGCUUUCUAUCAGCGUUAGCCAACGAUAUUUUUGGACGGAUUCUAAAGACGUUCUCUGCUGGUUGGGAUCCGAUCAUCGUCGUUACAGUCAGUUUGUGGCUUUCCGAGUGAGCGAAAUUCUGGAAUCAACAGAAAUUACCGAUUGGCGGUGGGUUUCGACUAAGCAUAACGUAGCAGAUGAAGGAACAAAAUGGACACGACUUCCAGAUUUGUCAACCGACAGUCGCUGGUUCCGGGGACCGGAUUUUCUCUGGCAAGUCGAGGAAACUUGGCCCGUAUCUCCAUGCUUCAGAAAAUCGACUGACGAAGAGCUUCGCCCUCAUUUGCUUCUUCACGAAAAGAUUAACGAGCCAGUCAUCAGAAUACAAGACUUCUCCAAGUGGACUCCCCUGCUUCGCCAAACCGCUCUCAUCAUUCGGUAUCUGGAUAACCUAAAGCGUUCAGCCAAAAAAGAGCACCGCAGUUGUGGCCCACUAACUCAACCAGAACUGGCUAAAGCAGAGAAUUACUUGUUUCGCCAAGCACAGUCAGAAACAUAUGCCGAUGAAAUUGUCACAUUGGCAAUUCAUCCGCGAACUUCGACGAAGCGAAUCAUCAGAAACAACCCGCUGUUUCGGAGUGCCUUUAUCGAUGAAAACGGAGUCGCACGUGUUCAAGGGCGAACUAAGGAGUGCGAGUUUGCCGCCCGUGAUGCUGUUGAGCCCAUUAUUCUUCCCCGUCAUCAUCAUAUCACACGUUUAAUCGUUGCCGAUGCUCAUGAGAGAUUCAACCAUCAGAAUCAUACGACAAUCAUCAACGAACUUUUACAACGUUACCGCAUUCCUCGUAUGAAGGCUACGUACCAUGCUGUUCGACGAAACUGCCAGUACUGUAAAAACCAACAAGCAAAACCGCAACCACCAAUGAUGGCUGAUCUUCCUCAGUCGCGCUUAGCAGCCUUUAGCCGUCCGUUCACCUAUAUGGGGGUGGAUUAUUUCGGCCCAAUUUUGGUCUCCGUGGGCCGUCAUUCUGAAAAACGGUGGGGGGUCAUUGCAACUUGCCUAACCACUCGUGCCAUCCACCUGCAAAUCGCUCACACACUUUCAACGAACUCUUGUGUAAUGGCGAUCCGGAAUGUUAUGGCUAGGAGGGGAAUUCCUGCCGUUAUUUAUAGCGACCGUGGUACCAACUUUCAAGCUACCGUAAACCGGGGUUAAAUUGAUCAGCGGGGUGAAAUUGAUCAUUUGGGUACUACAUUGUAAUUGCAUACCAGGAACUUCUAAGCGUCACAAUGAUCUCAAACUUCUUACCUCAUCUAGUUCAUAGAUGUCUAGGGAUGAGUUUAAUCUAUUAUUUUUUUAAGAAAAAAUUAGUUUUGCCUUAUUUUUUUAAGAAUUUGAAAUGUAUUUCUCACUUAUCUGAAAGCAUUGCUUCUAAACAAUCCAUUGCCACUAGGACUUCCCGUAAAUUUUUUGUUCUAACAUUUUUGUGGAGCCUUGGUUGGAAAGUUAUGAAGGUAUUCUGAAUAUGAAUAAGUUUUAAAAAAGUUCUUUUUUGACGAAAAAGUCAUUUAUUGAAACAGAAAUCACUUAUUUCAAAGGAAAUUGCCUACCUUUAGGCGUUAAGGGGGAAAUUUCAAAAAUUAAUUUGGAAUUUUAAGUGUCAAAUCUACUAGUUGUAAGAGUUUUGACGCGUUAUUCGGGUUUAGAAGAGCAAAAUUAAGUGGAUAAGGAAAUUUUUGUUUUUAACCGAUGCAUAAUUGUACACUGAUCAAUUUCGCCCCAAAGUGGCAUCUUCAUUUUUUGAUUUUUGAAGUAAUUUAACUAAAAGUUAAAAUUUGUUGAACAAAAUUCUGUCACAUGGUUUGAAGGAGAUCCACUGGGUACUGAUUUUACAGAAAUUCUUUUGGCAAUAUUUUGAUUGCCACUAAUGUUAUCCGCAAAAGAUGUUUUAAAGUGAUCAAUUUGACCCCGGAUUACGGUACCAAUAAGGAACUAAAGGCAGCAAUUCAACAACUCGACCAUGACAAACUAGCGAAUGAGUUUACUUCCAGUCGAACUCAGUGGAUCUUCAUCCCACCCCUAUCACCGCAUAUGGGUGGAGCCUGGGAACGGUUGAUACGUACUGUUAAGCAGAACUUAGUUGCAAUGCAGCUAAGCCGGUUACCUACCGAUGAAGUACUACAGAACGCAAUAGUGGAGGUCGAAAAUAUCGUUAACUCGCGUCCAUUAACCGACAUUCCACUCGAUGAUGAUGAUUCACCCGUGCUGACACCCAACCAUUUUCUGCUGGGAUCAGCAAACGGUGUUAGAUCUUGGGUUCCAUUCGACAAUUGGCGCUUAGGAAUUCCUACACACAAUCUCAAGCCAUGGCCAACGUUUUCUGGAAACGGUGGAUACGGGAUUAUCUUCCUAUUCUUACGCGACGAUCGAAGUGGUUCAUUCCAACGAAGCCUAUUGAAGUUGGAGACAUCGUGAUGAUCGUAGACCAUAAGCUCCCUCGUAACUGCUGGCCGAAGGCCAGAGUGAUUUCUACACGCACUGCUCCCGAUGGUCAGGUGCGUUCGGCCACCGUUCAAACAGCGUCCGGUGGAAUCUACGAGCGUUCUGCGGUAUCGUUAGCUGUACUCGACAUAGGCGUUGGGAAGAAUACGCAUAUGGAUGGCCGUCUGCGCAUUCCGGGGGGGGAGUGUUAAGUGCGCCCAGUCGACAACUGCUGAGUUGGCAUCCCCCACAUGAAGAUACUCUGAUGUGCACCACACCCAAACCCAUACGCGCCAACUUGUGACGUAGUUGGGGGGGCGAGGCCUCUCAAAACUAGUCAAAUACGGAAAAUACCAACGCAGUUCAGCUUAUUUAGGCAUAUUCACGUGAAAACUAGUGCAUUAAGCUGAAAAAACUUGAAUGUUGUCCAAUUUUUAAGAGCUUCGCCCCCCCAACUACGUCACAAGUUGGCGCCUAUGCCCAAACCCAUUGGGAGGAUCUUCAGUCGGAGCGAAUGUAAAUAAUAACACCCAGAAGAAGAACGUGUCAAAAAUUUGCAAAUCAUCAUCGUUAGACUACCAACAAACCCAAGUAGAUUUGAUACGUUUUAUUUGCUAUUAAAUUGAUUAGCUAUCAAAAGUUAGGUAAACUGUAAUUACCCGGUAGUAAUAUCAGUUUCAGAGAGUAACUCACUAGUUUGUUCGCUUUACAGUGUGAAAUGCGUUAAGCUAGGUAAAUAGGAGUGAAUUGGCUGAGAACCUUUCAGUAACCAUCGAUUGUUUAUUGCAAUAGGGUGGCUGAAAGGUAAGAGAGUAUGAUUGAAUUAUUAUUAGACAAAUUUUCUACUUAUCAACAUAUGAAACAGGGGUUCACAACCGACUUGACUAGGCAAGACUACGGUACACUGUUGUGAGAUCACGAUCGUGGCUAGAUCACUAACAGUAAGAAGAACAUUGUUAAGGCUAGCGAGAAGGAAAUGUUGAUACCCACUUAUCUAUCUAUUUUUAGGAAUUUUAUAAUUUAUCACACAUCGUUGAAUAAAUUCAUUGAAUUUCGAUCUAGUACCUCACCGCAAUCGCAACAAUUGAGUAUGUUAACUAGUUCUCGUGAUUAUAGUGUAUCAUUAAAACAAAAAAUUGCACCUGAUUUCAUUUAUUUUUCGCUCUUACAGAAACGUUUUUAAAAUCAUGAUUUUUGUCAAUUUUUAACCAUUUUCAGUAUUCAAAAAGUUUUCAGAUUCUGCAUCAUUCCGCGAUCUGGAUAAAAUUACAAUAAAAUUGUAGUGUCUACCUAAUGGUUGUGUGCAUACAAUAUGUACCUACAUGAAAUACUAUUCAUGACAGUACCUAAAUGUCCUGGUAUGAUUCACUAUGUCUACCUAAGGUAGUAUAAAUACGGGUGAUCAUUGAACCACACAGCAGAGACUGCAUAAGCCUUGGACUGUCAACAUCUUUAUUAUUCUUUUGAAGGAUAUAAAAAAAAUAUAAUACAUAUCCUUUGUGAAUCGCAAGAGACCAGAAAGUACCAGACGAAAUAAUAGUUCAUUUUGAAAUUUUCACCUUUUUGACUAGUUUUUAGUUACAAUUUAUGUUUAAUUUUGAUAUAACAACUUCGUUUCCACUACUUUUUAAUGAAUGGCCACUUAUUCUCGGUACAAAUAUCAUAGUAGAAUACAAGUGGUCUUAACGAAAUGUGUCAAAUGGAAUCAAUUUAGUAAAUUUGAACAGAAAUCUCCAAACACCGUUAAACGCCUAAAUGUAUGCAAUGCACUGCAAUGUUAUGUAGCUAGAGCUGUUGUGUUUAAUAUUUAAAAAAAAAUUAAAGCAAUUCAAACAAAGAGCUCACUAUAGGUAAUCUUAUGUUGAUGCACCGUGAAGAAUUUAUUUUCACAUGGAUAAUGUUUUUAUAGCUAAACUUAUUGAGUUUUUAACUCAGUACUCCACAAACUUGCUUUUAUGUGUAAAUUAUGGUUAAAUUCCAUGUUUUGAAAUAAAAAUUCAAACUGAUAUAUUUCACACGGCUUCUCUCACCAUGUUCAUACUGCUAAUAUUUCAUUCCAUGAUUAACUUUUCAGUUUUGAUGUGUUUUUCAGGGCACUAUUGAAGUAAGCCCAAAAUGAAUUGGGAAUCACAAAAAUAUCUAGAAACGGUACAACAUAUGAACUGUUUUUAAGGGGUCGUUCACAAAUAUUGUCUCGUAUCUCUAAAAAUUGAGCAGAUAGAACAAUUGUUCAACAAGUUUUCCAAUAAUGACAUUCCUCACACCUUUGAUGAAGACAUAAACACGUUAUCUUCACUGAUGAAAAAAAAAGAAUUUCACUUACAAUUCUGGGAGAAUUACUCUGAAACGAGGUGGUUCGUGUUUCCGAACAUUAAAUUUUAUGGAAAUAUAAUUAUUUUUCAGUUUACUGAACUCAAAAAAUAAAAAAUGACGAUUCAAGUGAUUUUUGGGGGUGAAAACAUACGUGGCUCUUAUCGAAGUUAUAAGAAAUCAUUUCUGGCCUUUACGUGGAUCAAUAUGGCUAUUUAUAAUCCAAAAUGCAUCCUCAAUAUCAAAAUUCAAAAUUUUAUCGCUGGUACCGUAAUCCGGGGUAACAUUGAUCAGAAUUUUCGAUCAUUCUUGAAUAAUUCUCUUGUUAAAGCAAACGUUACAUGUUUUAUAUUUUUAAAACAAGUACUGGCCCUCUGAGUAUGUGUUCAGCUACUCGAAAAAAUAUUGUAAAACUUUAAAACAUGUUUAAAUAGGUUUUUAAAUCUAAUUUUUUGAUUCAGUUGAUUUGGGGUAACAUUGAUCAUGUCAGUGAUCAAUGUUCGAUUUUGUUGAAAAUAUCCUUACUUACUAAAUUCGAGGUCGCUGAUUUCGAAUAUGUUGUCCAAAUUCUUACAAGUUAAGAACUUUUUGAGUUAUUUUAGGAAUAAAAUACUCCAAACCACGAAUAACGCCUAAAGGUAGGCAAUGACUUAAGGAAUUGAUAGCCGAUUUUUGAUAAAUUGUAUAUUUCAUUGAAGAAAAGAGCUUUUUCAUAAAAGUUUCGUUUUUAAAUCCAACUCUAGGAUAGCAUAUUGAAGUAAUACAAUGAUUUCGAACCUCAUAUUGUAUCUAGUAUUCACGCCAAGCAUGAAUGUUUGAUAACGUAUCUCAUUGCAUUACGAAACACAGUUAUGGAAAAAUCGAUUUAUUUCAAUGUUUAUGAAAUUCAAUUUUCAUGAAUUGCAUGUUAUUUAAUAGUUAAAUGAUAGCAGAUUAUGAUAUACCAUUCGAUAGCAGAAACUGAUUCAAUGUAAAAUGCUUGUUUGAACAUUUCAUGAGGUCAGUCAAGCCGAUCAAUGUUACCCCACUGAUCAAUGAUACCCCGUUUUACGG